AUGAAUCUACAGUCAGCUUAUUUUACGCUCUAUAUCGUUGUGCCUAUACUUGGUAUCGGGCUCAAUUGGUAUGUCCUGUGGAGAUUAUUACGGAUUGCAAGGAGAAGCGCUAUUCGUUUCGAGACAACUUCAGGACUACCGUUGGCUGCAAUGUCAACUAGUGAUUCAGUUACUUUGUUGGCGCAACUUGUACAGGCAUUAUUUCAUUCAGCGCCAAAGGCCGGAUUACCUACAUGGCUACUCAGCGGCACGUGCAAGAUCGAUAUAUAUUUAAUGCACACCACUUCGGCUUUUUCUGUAUGGUGUUGGUUAGCGUUGUCAAUUUUACGAUAUACGGCUGUAUUUCAUCCGAUAAAAUAUCGAACGAUUUGGAGGCAACCGAGAAAUGCUUUAAAACUGCUAGCUUGUUUAUGCUUCUUAUUCGAAUCCUGGAUUUUGUUCUUUGUGGUAUAUAGUGAGGAAGGACGUUUAUGUGUCGAACAUCCGAGUAUUCCUCUACAUAAUGUAAAGGCAGCCCAUUUUAUGGAUAUCGCCUUAUUCUACGCAGUUCCCUCACUUUUACGAAUAUUCUUCGAUGGUAUAGUUCUUUUUCAAUGCUAUAAUCCAUUUUCUAUGAUGGACGUACCUCUCUACGAACGGAGAUGUGCGAUAAGUGUACCAGCACACACUCGAAGGUGCUCAUUUAAUCCUGACUUUGAAACAUCGCUGGAUGUUCGACAAAAUAUGACCCUUGUCAUGUCGAUAUCGGCUGCAACGUCUGAGCAUAUAACGAAAAAACGGCAACUUUAUGUAAAGAAGAAAACUGCUAUGGUUAUGCGAUCGAUUAUUAUAUCUGUAUUAAAUUUAAUCCUAAAUCUUCCUGCUCAUAUUCUUCGAACAUGGCUUACACUCGACGAUGAUGGGAUUGAUCAGAAAACGCUUUCAAUACUAGAACCAAUCUCUCAAAUCCUCUACUUCUCGCAAUUUAUGUGCAAUGCCUUCUAUCUUAGCACGAGUAUAUACGAAACGAGUGGCACACCUCGUACUACUGUUGUGGUGAACAGUGGACGACAUAUCUCACGUUGUGUUUCGAAUGAUGAAGAAUCGUAA